CCGAGGGGAUAUGCAGGGCCAGUCUGUCAUGACUGCUCGGUUCCGACGCCCCACGUCUCCGCGGGAUCAGACAUGAACCGGGGACAGGUGGAACCAGCGGAGAACUUUGGAGCUCACACAGAACCGGAGUCCGGCUGAGCCUCUCCGUCAUGGCUCGAAGUCGAACCGGUUCCGGGACCCUCCUGACCCGGCGGAACCCCCGGCUGGACUCCUUCCUGAAGCGGAACACGGACCGGGAACUGUAUGAACGGAUCCGGGCCUCCGAACCGUGCGUGGUGGUGUCGGACAGCAUCCACAGGGUCUACAUGCACGUGGUUCUGAGCGACGAGCGCGUGUACCUCACCGAGUUCUCUCCGCGCACACUCAUCACGGCCGCGAGCUUGAGGUGCGUGCGCAGCAUCCAGCUGGUGAACGACUUCCCAGACUUCCUCAGUGGGAAGGACAGGGAGCGCUGCCAGCACAUUUGCAUCACCUACAUCGCAGAAAAGCCGGAAGGGAGGAGACCUGAUGGGGAGGGGCUUCCCUCUGCAGCUCCGCCCUCCCGCAGGUCCAGCUACUGCCCCACCCCCACCUCAACAGGAUAUCCUGCAGAAAGGGAGGAGCGCCCCCCGGUGUUGAAGUCAACUCGCUCUGCUUCCUGCCCAAACCCGGAGGCUCUGGGGCUCGUGAGGGCCCCCCGUCCUCCUUCCACGCCGCCCUCGUUUUACUCCACCUCACCCUCAAAGGACGGCCGGAAGACACCGGAGAGCAGUCAGGUGACCCGGAGGUUUGGCUCGGUUCUGUCCAGACUGCUGAGACGGGAGAACGUAAACGAGGCAGAGGAGAAGGAGGCGGAGCUUCAUCUUUACGCCGUUUCCCUGACAUCCAGAAUUUACUUCCACCUGCAGAGCAUUUGGAGCAGCUUCCUCAUCAGGUCCACUCUGAUGCUGGAUCUGCGCGAAAGGAGGUGUGCUGGAUCACCUGACCCAUUAGCUCCGCCCCUCAGCUGGGAGAGGACGGCUCACCUGUUCGGUCAGCUGCGCUCUGAGCUCCUGCGGGACGACAUCGGCGUGGAGAGCUUGUACCUGCAGCUGCAGGAGCUCAGGACGGCUGCUCACCGCAGCGUCACGCUGCGCAGACUCUUCUGGAAGUCCGGUGAGGUCUGCGACUUCCUGGUUCAGACUCUGGAGGAAUGUCUUCACGGCUCCCAAAGCAUCAGAGGAGUUUUAACAGCAGAUCAGCUUCUACUCGGCGCUCUGAUUGUCCAGACGCUCGCCAUCAUGUUCAGGGAGACGGAGGUUGAGGAGGCCAGAGUCAACGUCCUCUCUGUCGGAAAAGGAGCUCUGACCUCCAGAAUGCUGCUCGCCUUGAUUUGUGAUCCCCAAACAAAGAACCAGGAACCACCGCUGGACUCCAAGCUUCCGUCCUUACGUGAAGAAUACCUGGAUGCUGCCGGCUCUCUGCUCUUUGAGCUGCUGCUUCUGGGACACCAGACAAGCCGGUGUUUGUCUGCUGGCACCUUCCUGUCUGUGGGCUGGAUGCUCAAAGUCCUUCAUCCUCAUCCUCACCUGGCCUCGUUUAUCAGCUACCAAACCCAGCAGCUGGUUCUGGCCAUGGUGGGUCUUCAGGAUUCGCUUCCGAGCGCGGCGGACUCGGUGUUGCUGUUCCAGCGCUGUCGCCUCCUGCUGGCCUGCCUGCAGCACAGCAGUCAGCUGGCUCAGCAUCUGCAGUCGCACUUCAGGGAAGAAUUCAGGUACAUCGUGAAGCCUUUGUGUGCAGAGAAACUUUUGCCUCCGUAUCCCAUCAGCCCGCCGACUCAGCAGCUGAUUGAACAGAUUCUGACUCUCCUAUUGGACGGCUGAUGAUAAAGGAACUCCGAUUGUCCAUGUGAUGCUUUAGCUGAAGUGAUAACCGGCACAAAUCUUUCAGGCCUUAACGACAAAACAACAACAUAUCUGUGACCUUAGCAUGACGUAACAAAAUCAGGCCGGCUGCAUCAUAUUGAUGAGUCAUGACUUCAGCUUCCAAAGG